AUGUCCUACUACAUAGACGGCCAGCGUGUUGUCCCCUUCAUCACUGAGGGGUCUUACUACAUAGACGACCAGCAUUUUGUCCCCUUCAUCACUGAGGUCAUCCCCUUCUGCUUAGUUUUGUCCCCUAGCAUCACCGAGGUGUACUACUACAUAGACGACCAGCGUGUUGGCCCCUUCAUCACUGAGGUGUCCUACUGCAUAGACGACCAGCGUGUUGUCCCCUUCACCACUGAGGUGUCCUACUACAUAGUCGACCAGCGUUUUGUCCCCUACAUCAUUGAGAUGUCCUACUACAUAGACGGCCAGCGUGUUGUCCCCUACAUCACUGAGAUGGACGAACAGCUCUAUGAUGAAGUCAUCACUGAGGUGUCUUACUACAUAGACGAACAGCGUGUUGUCCCCUACAUCACUGAGAUGUCCUACUACAUAGACGGCCAGCGUGUUGUCCCCUUCAUCACUGAGGUGGCUUACUACAUAGACGACCAGCAUUUUGUCCCCUUCAUCACUGAGAUGUCUUACUACAUAGACGACCAGCAUUUUGUCCCCUACAUCACUGAGAUGUCCUACUACAUAGACGGCCAGCGUGUUGUCCCCUUCAUCACUGAGGUGUACUACUACAUAGACGAACAGCGUGUUGUCCCCUACAUCACUGGGAUGGACGAACAGCUCUAUGAUGAAGUCAUCACCGAGGUGUACUACUACAUAGACGAACAGCGUGUUGUCCCCUACAUCACUGAGAUGUCCGACUACAUAGACGACCAGCGUGUUGUCCCCUACAUCACUGAGAUGGCUUACUACAUAGACGACCAGCGUCUUGCCCCCUACAUCACCGAGGUGGCCUACUACAUAGACGACCAGCAUUUUGUCCCCUACAUCACUGACGUGUCCUACUACAUAGACGACCUGCGUUUUGUCCCCUACAUCACCGAGGUGUCGUACUACAUAGACGACCAGCGUCUUGUCCCCUACAUCACCGAGGUGUCCUACGACAGAGACGACCAGCGUUUUGUCCCUUACAUCACUGAGGUGUCCUACGACAUAGACGACCAGCGUUUUGUCCCCGAGCAUCACCGAGUAUCUAUUGAGGUGUCCUACUACAUAGACGACAAGCGUUUUGUCCCCUACAUCAAUGAGGUGUCCUACUACAUAGACGAACAGCGUGUUGUCCCCUACAUCACUGAGAUGGACGAACAGCUCUAUGAUGAAGUGUAA